AUGAACGUGAUCACUCUUACGUGCAUACUUCUAAAUUCAAUUCUAGUGUUUUUCUUUGGCCCACGAUUAAUCCAUAGUGCAUCCUCACUAUCCAUAUUAGAUGAGAAAGUCGAUCAGCCACAAACAUCACACGAGAAACAUCCUGUAAAACGUGUACUGCGCGAUCCGUUCACACACACACACACGAAUCAACGCUGGUCGUUACCUGCUGUGUGGAUCCCUGAACAACCCGGCCGAAUAUCUGCGAGGGUCCCACCUGGCGAGGAUUACCUACCUGAAUUAAAUCGUCUCCCGGGCGUGUCUGCGACCUGCUCUAAGACCGGUUUGGUCUUAAGGGCGAAGAAGAAUUUCUAUGGUGCUGAGGAGCUGACGCUCGGACAAACCUGCAAAAGUAACGGAGUUUUUGAGGCACACGACGAACUGCUCUUCACCUACGCGCUCACGGACUGCCAGAGUGAACAACAGGUGCUUCCUGAUUCUAUCCUCUACAAAUUUGUGCUUCAUUACGUGCCGCUGUCACACCGACACCCUUCCCGGUCUCCAGUGAAUGUGCGCGUGGAGUGUCGCUUUAAUAGGCAUCAUCAUGUGGACCGUCUGGUUGUACGACCAACUUGGCAGACACUGUUGUACAAAAACAUCAGGAGCCGCUUGGGUGACUUUAGGAUCCAGCUAAUGGAUGACUCCUGGUCGUCUCCAGUUAGGUCUGCUGUGUACUUGCUGGGUCAGAAGGUGAAUGUUCAGAUCUCAUCUGGACAUCAUUACCUUGGUGUCAAGCUCUUUAUUAACCACUGUUAUGUGACUACGAUCAACACUUUGAGCAAGACCAAAUACAGCAUCAUAGACAAUUACGGUUGUUUACAGGAGAGCCGUAAAAAUCCUGGUGUUUCUAGAUUCAGGUUCUCCAAAGCAGAUAAUGUUGUUCAGUUCUCCUUUGGUGCUUUCCAGUUUAUUGAGGCUCCUGAUGCUCGGGUCACACUCCAUUGUGAGCUCUCUGUUUCUGCUGGAGGCCCUAGUCCAAUACAGAAGUCUUGCUUCUAUAGCAACACAAACAACAGGUGGAUCUCUGUGUUCGGUCAAGACUCUGUCUGCAACUGCUGUGAUUCUGUCUGUAAUCAGACUGAGACCAAACAAAUAAUAUAUGAAGGAUUCGUAAGCAGUGAUCAAGCAGGUUUCCCUAAUCCAUCUCCUCUCUCAACUUUGGCUUCCUCAACUUUGGACUCCUCUCUUUUGGCAUUUCAGAAUGAUGAUGUUAACUGGUUUGAAGACAGAUUGGCCAAAGAGCCACAGAGGUCACACACCCACAAGGACUACAUCUCUUCUGUAACACCUGCACCCUCUGAGGGCCAUGCUAAGAGACCGCAUGAGUCUCACACCAGCACAGUACUUCGAGAAAAGGAACGAAAAGCAAAAGAUGUAGAGAAACAAGAAGAUGUGGAGAUUCUAAUGGCUAAUAGUGAGAGCUUUGUGGGGUCUGAAAAGCCAGAAGUAUAUGCAAGGUUUAAAGCCAAAGAGAACAGGCAGGAUUUUGAGCAGUUUGAAGGAUUGAAGAACCACAGGACUGAAGUUGCAUCCAUGGGUUGGUCAGGAGACAGGGUGAUGCAGAAUAAGAUCAUUGAUCAGAGUAACUGGUCAAUGAACAUUCAGGGAAUGGGGGAAGGUCUCCAGAAAGGUGAGGUUUUCGUGAAGACCUCAAUUAUAGUAAAUGAAACGAUGGAUGAAAGUUCCAACAUAAAUGAAUCAGCGCUGGGUGAUGGGAAACUGCAGGAUGUGCUUCUGUCAUCCAUCUCUGAGGAGGAAGAGAAGGAAUAUGACAUCUCAGGAAAUGGAGAGUUUCCAUUUGGAUCAGAUGAGCUAAUGGAGCAAGGUGUUGUGAGAAGACUAGACCUUAGAAAAGAUUAUAUAAUUCCAGAGGAGAUGUAA